GCGAAUCACUUGCCAAAUUUUGACAUUAGUUCGGUUGAAGGAGGAGCAGCUGUAGAAUUUUUUAUUUUUUACUUGGGGAAAAAUAUAUAAUUUCAGUUAUUAGUUAAGAAAUAUAGAAUAUAGCUAAAGAAUCGUACAAUUUGUAGCGUCCACAAAAUUUUAUAUAUUUUGUGCAAACAUAGAAAACGUAACGUGCAAUGGCCGGAAUGAAUAAUUAUUCAACAUUGAUGUACGCGACAAACCAAAAAAAUGAGGACGAUGACAGUGAUGAGCCCGGACAUCAAACGCGACUACGUAAUAUUUAUAGUGCAGGUCAGGUGCAGGGAUCAAUGAUGGCCACAUCAAACGUUACAACUAGUGCUAGUAGUCAUGUGCCACCAAACACAUUAAAUUUACAACGUUCACACAUACAUUUACCGGUACAAGAUGACCGCCAUACACAAGCCUAUCUCGACAGUUUGGCCGGUUCCGCACAUGACGUGACGGCAGGCGGUUUAAUAGGAAUGAAGUAUGUCAACUCAGAGCGUGAUCUCUCAUUACCAUUAGAAAAGCAUAAAGCGCUCGAAAACUACUAUGACAGUCAAGAGGAUGCAAGACCCACAUUCUACAGAGGCUUUGUCGCUGAUGGCGGCUAUAAAGAUGAAGCAGGUGUUACACAGAUUUCCAUUCGGAAGUAUCUCGGCAUAGGUGUUCAAUGGGUCAGCUUGGUUACCGAAAAUCUGCUCAGUCACCCUUUUAUCGUAUUGCGCAGACAAUGCCAAGUUUACAAUGCUUCCAAACGUUAUCAUCUGCAUCCAUUUUCACUCGUGCCCAGCAUUAUACACCUGCAUCGGCGGCAAGGUGUCACUACGCUGUGGAAGGGCCUAGGCAGUUGUUUGCUAGUGCGUGGAAUGUCGUUGGCUGUGGAUGAUGUUGUAUCAAAAAUUACCCAGUGGCCGAAGGAAGUGGACAGCCGGACAUCACUUAAACGAUUUGGUCAACAUUUAAUUUUGAAAUGCGUGAGCAUUGCCAUUGUGAUGCCCUUUUAUUCCGCUUCUUUAGUGGAGACGGUACAAAGUGAUAUAGCUAGCGAGAAACCCGGACUCUUUGAUGUCUUCCGGGAAGGCAGUUUACGCUUGCUGUAUUGGAGCUCACCACAAAAAGGGCGUAUGUUGCCUGCGUGGGCUUUGAUAGGCCCUUGCAUGUCCGUGGGCAUUACCAAAUAUCUGUUUGGACUUGUUAUUAAGGGUAUUUCAUCGCGUAUAAUGCGUCGACGCAUUCAACAAGCCCAAGAACGUAAAGGUGCAAAAUAUAAGGAUGACUCCUUGGAGAAUCAAAAUGUUGAAAUUUACUCGAAUCUUAUUUCAAUGCUAACAACAGAAAUUAUAUUCUAUCCCUUUGAAACGAUUUUGCAUCGUAUUCAAUUACAAGGAACACGCACUAUUAUUGAUAAUCUGGAUAAUGGCUACGCUGUUGUGCCUAUACUAACCAAUUACCAGGGCGCUAUCGAUUGUUAUCGCACCACUGUGGCAACAGAAGGGUUUUCGGGUCUCUACAAGGGAUUUGGCGCCAUUGUUUUGCAAUUUGCUGCUCAUAUUGCCGUUAUAAAGCUUACAAAAUGGGUAGUUACACAGAUAACAGAAGUGGUUUCCAGUCGGCCACCACAAAAGGUGAUGCAAUAUUAUAAUUUGGAUCGUGGGCUCGCCUCGAAUUCAACCACAAUUUCACCUAGUCUUAGUUCCAAUAGCGAGUUGGACGUGCAAAGCUUGGGAAAUCACUCAGUGGAUUAAAUUAUUUUGAUGUGAUUGAAACUUAACGACUUCUGCGUACUCAUACGUAUUCACGGAAAAAAUCAUGAUAUGUGUUAUAUAUAUAUACAUAAAAUAGAUAAAAACUGCUUUCUAGUUACAAGCAAAAAUUACACAAAAUUUAAUAAUAAUAUUGUAUUUAAACGAUAGAAGUAGCUAAAUUGCAUGAUUAUGUUAUGCAGCAUUAAUUAGAACGAUAAAUAAUGUAAAUUUUGUUAAUUUUAAAUUAAAAUCGACACAUAUAAAAUAA